GACCCCUCAAAAAAAAAAAAUUUCGAACAGGAGGGUACGAUUUCUCUCUCGAACCCUAGCCCGGUAGCCCCCUCCAUCUUCUCCCUCGUCCGCGCGGCGACGACGCAGGGUUUUCUGUCGGGGGAUUUGUUCGUCGCUGACUCGCCGGCGUCCAAGAUGAGGCCGGUGUUCGUGGGAAACCUUGACUAUGACACCCGCCACUCGGAGCUCGACCACCUCUUCUACCGCUACGGCAGGAUCGAGCGCAUCGACAUGAAGUCAGGAUUUGCUUUCGUUUACUUUGAGGAUGAGCGUGAUGGUGAUGAUGCCAUACGGGCUCUUGAUGGUUAUCCCUUUGGCCCUGGCAGACGCAGGCUUUCAGUGGAGUGGUCAAGGGGUGAUCGAGCUGCUAGACGUGAUGGUGAUAAACCAGCAGCAAACACUAAGCCCACUAAGACGUUGUUUGUCAUCAACUUUGACCCAAUCAACACAAGAGUCAGUGAUAUUGAAAGGCACUUUGCACCAUUUGGGAAUAUAUCAAAUGUUCGGAUAAGGAGGAACUUUGCUUUUGUCCGGUUUGGAACAAUGGAAGAAGCCAGAAAAGCUCUUGAAGCUACUCAUGCUACCACCCUUUUGGAUAGAGUGAUUUCUGUGGAGUAUGCCUUUAGGGAUGAUGGUGAAACAAGUGAUAGAUAUGACAGCCCUAGAAGAGACGGCUAUGGUAGGCGUGGGGAUAGCCCAUAUCGCCGUUCUAUUAGCCCAGUGUACCGGUCACGACCUAGUCCUGACUAUGGUCGCCCACCAAGGUCACGACCUAGUCCUGACUAUGGUCGCCCACCAAGGUCACGACCUAGUCCUGACUAUGGUCGCCCACCAAGUCCUGUGUAUGGUUCGUAUGGCAGGAGCAGGAGUCCUGUUCGUGAUCGCUAUAGGAGAUCUCCUGGUUACCGAUCAAGAUCCCCACCUGCCAAAAGAAGAGCUUAUGACUAAUUCAGAACUCUCAGCUAUAGUAGUUGGGGCUGGGAGCUUGUAUCCGCUAUUUCCUAGUGUUAUAUCAACUAGUAGCAAGGAUUAUUGUGCCGUGUUUUGAAUUGGACCGGUUAAGCUAUGUGCCUAUGUCAGAGAUUUUAGUUUAUACAGUAUUGUCAUCUGGCUGUUAUCGUGUGUUCUCUAGCUCUCUUUUGCACUA